AUGUCUGAGUUCAAGUCCAAAAGUUCCGGCAAAUGGGCAUUACUCAUUGCCAGCCCAUUUGUUUGGCUCAAGGGGCCGAUGAAUGAUGUUGCCACUAUGAAACUACUCCUCGAUCAAUGCGGGUUUGAAGCUAUUCUAUGUUGUGGCGAAGAGGCAGUACGAAAAAAUAUUCUUGAGUCUUGGGAGAAACUUAUCGCCAAAGUGAAGGAAGAUGACGUCGUUGUGGUGUUUUAUUCUGGCUAUGGUGGACGAGUUGAACCCCGGUUGACGGAAGAUGCUACUGCUAGAGUCGUUGCUGAGACGGACCGGCCUGAGCAGUACCAGUUUAUUGUUCCAAUGGAUUAUAAGAGUUCCGGGGAGUUCAAAGGCAUUCUGGAUGUGGAGAUAUCAGUUCUCGUGCGGCGAACGACUGAUAUUACCAAAAACGUGACAGUCAUCUUCGAUUGCUGCUACUCGGAGAAUAUACUCAGCGAUCCGUGGCAUAAUGAGAGUGCGACCCCGAAAGGACUCCCCCUUGUACUGCGUAGGGAUUUGUCUAUCAAUAUGCAGCAGCUCCGAUAUAAUGACUUCGACUUUGAGAAAUACAUAAACCUAGCGGUCAACGAAAACCCCGUUUGGAUUGUCGCGGCGGCAGAUUCAGAGACGGCGUGGGAAUACAUCGAUGAACAGGGCAAAACUGUUGGUGCCUUGACUAAGGCUCUAGUCCCAAUAUUGAAUCAGGCGUUGAAAGCUGGUGUCUCCUGGAAGGACAUUUUACCCAAAAUUCGCGAGCAAGUAAAUUGCGAAUUCCCCCAACAGCAUCCCCAGGUGGAGGGAGCAUGCACGCGGAUGAUAUUUUCCAAAACGACAAAAGAUCCAUCUACUCUUGAUGUUUUAGAAGAGUACAGGGAAACAUUUAUUAAUGCUGGGAGCCUCGCUGGGGUUAGGGCAGUCAACACCUAUGUUCUGACGCGACGUGGAUAUGGCGAGACUAUGGAAGAAAGAAACCUUGCACAGGCGACUGUGGAGAGUAUUACUGGCUUACGAAGCCACUUUCCCCCCCUUCCCCCCCCUUGGAGAUUUGAACUUCCAGAAGAUGGCCCAGUGGCGAUCCUCAAGACUGAGGGCCCGUUACGAUGGCCUGUUGCCUUAGAUGGCGAACUUGAGCCUUUCAACAAGGGACUCGUGGAAUCAAGAUUCCUCAAGCCUCAGGACAGAAAUACCGAGACUUUUGUGAUUGCUCAUAUCCGCAAAUGUGAGAAUGCCAUAUGUGUGUUUAACGCAUCCGGCAUCAAGUAUGGCUCAUUCACUCUCGGGGUAGAGGGGCGGAUCCAGGACGAAGUAGAGCAUGCAAUUAAACUUGCAGAGCAAUCUGCUCGGGUGCAUCACCUAUUGACACUUAAACCAUCCCUCAAGGAACGGCUUAGCCAUAAGCUCGAUAUUCGCUUGUCGUCUGUUUCGGACACCGGGCUGAAUCCUAUUAGGUUGGAUGGACUGGGAAAGAUUGCUGUUGGUGAUAGAGCAAAACUAUUCUUACAGAAUUUUGGAGCGGAGACCAUAUUCGUAACGCUGUUCAACAUCACCGUUAUGGGAGAAAUCUUUCAUCUAUCACCUUCAUCUCAAAAAGGAAUUCAACUUGCGGCGCGUGGAGUAUACGCAUACAAACAAUGGCAAUCAUCAGAAGCAACGCUAGAUCUAGAAGGACCCUGGCUAGGAGGAUUUCCUGAAGAUUUUGUAGCGCCAAUACCCGUGUCAUUAGUGUGCAUUGUCACAAACAGUCCGGUUGACCUUCGCGAUUUUACUUCAGAGCGACAGAGACAUGCUCGUGAGAGCACGUCACAACUUGAGAGACUUGUACAUCAACUAGCCCACGGAUUAUCUCGAGAUUACGAAGCGGAAGCAAAACAAAAAGUCCCCUGCGUUAAGUGGGAUAUACUCAUCUCAUCAUUGCAGCUACGGCCACAUGAUCGUAAUUGGGACCUGUUGGAAGCCGCAAUGCAAGGCCAAACGACGAGAGUAAAACAGCUUCUCUCUGGAGCUGAUAUCGACAUAAAUUUCAAGGAUAAAAACAAUCGAACGCCGUUAUUGUGGGCGGCGGAGAAUGGGAAUCCGACACUCGUCGAAGUACUACUCGCCACGGAUGGUAUCGAGCCAAAUAUUCAGGAUAUAAGUGGGCAAACGCCGCUACUAUUGGCAGUGAAGAAUAUGGACGAGCGGACAGCCGAGUUGCUCCUUGCAAAGGACGGAAUCGAUCCAGAUAUUAAAGAUAAAUAUGGCCAGACGCCACUAUCAUGGGCAGCAAAACACUGUCACACGCAGAUAGUCAAAUUGCUCCUUGAAAAGGACGGUGUCGAGCCAAAUAUUGAGGAUGAAAAUGGUCAAACUCUGCUAUUAUCGGCAGUGAAAAAUAGUCAUGAGGAGGUAGUCAAACUACUCCUUGCUAAAGACGGUGUCGAUCAACAUGUGAAGGAUAGACAUGGUCGGACACCGCUAUCGUGGGCAGCUGGGAACGGAGAUAGGGAGAUAUCAAUCCAACUCCUUGAACAUGGUGUCGAACCAGAUGUUAAGGAUAAUUAUGGCCGGACGCCGCUGUCAUGGGCAGCUGGGAAUGGGUACGAGCGGAUAGUCAUCCUACUCCUCGACUUAGAAGGAGUUGACUUGAACUCUAGAGAUACGUUUGGUAGGACACCACUGUGGUGGGCAGUUGGCAAUGGGCAAACAGCAACGGCCAAGCUGCUACUCGACCGAGGUGUGGUGGAUCUGUCCUCUAAAGACAGCUUUGACCAUUCGAUAAUAUCGUGGGAUACAGACACCGGAAACGAGGCAGCGGUCGAACUACUUAUCCUGAACGUUGAAGCAGAUGCUGCAAAUAUCAAACCUCUCACGUCCCGGAAAGGCUCUGGACAGAAGGUUGACCGCAGUGAACGGAAUUUUAUGAGGAUGGGAGAAGGCUUUAUUGACUUCGAAAAACAUCUUGCUUCUCUGGUCAGGUAUACCCACAUGGAAUUAAAAAUCAAUUGGGAGGUACCACAAGCGAUGCAGUUAUAUCGAAAUGGAGUGCACUUUUCGACAAUUCUAACUAUCAGCGGAAAUGAGACGGAUGCGCAGGCCGCCGUUUGUAAAGGCUAUGCCUUGGAGCAUUUUCCUAAAACUGGUAAAGUCCUUUUAGAUUAUGUCCAAGCUGCAUGGGAUUCAGAGGAAAGCUUGCAUGGCGAUGAAGAAGUCAGCGAGAGUCUGAACAAAGUGUCGGUACGCUUUAAGCACUUGCAAGACUCAGAAUACCAAACGGCUAUUGUUACUGCGUCAGGAACCUUGGGCGAUCUCACAGAAUUAGCAAGAGCAUUUACAUGGCUCUGCUGCGCUAUACGGCCCGCCCAGUCAGGGAAUAUCUGCCUUUCUACAUUCCAGUUUUGUCUCUAUACGAGGAGAGAUUCACCGGACUCUGUUAUCAUCGAAGUGCAGCUUCUACCAUUACGAGAGGCAAAUAACCGCAAGAGUUGCUGGCGUGACUUGUUUACAAACGCAAUUAUCGCUUUAGAUGCCCCUAUUUCCGACCGCAGCCGAUUCAGAGAAAUAGGAGGGAACAGAAGAGACUUUUCUAUACCAAAAGGCCUCGAUAUUCCAUUUGACAUUAUGGUUAAUCUAGCCGCCGUUAAUUAUCCUUUUGAAUACGAGGAUGGCAUUGUCUUGAAAGGGUCAGCUACCCUUUUAGCAGCCACAGCGGCAUGGGAGACUCACGCUGGGACUGCAUUUCAGUGGCACUUGGUCAGCGAUGGGGGAAACGGUAUAUCCCUGUCUGAAUACACCGACAAAUAUCACAUCUACCAAGGGGAGGGAAAUUCGGCCUCCUUUAAGCUUGAACUUCUCAAGAAUGCUACUCGCACCUUUCUUGGCUGGUGCGGCUCUUAUUUAAUUCAGCUCGCCAACGUGGACCCGGCUGCUAUUGAAGUGACUCAACUGAGCGGUGCGGGUGCUUUUCUUAUUCUGAAGAGCCUCGGAAUCAAUGCGGGUGUUUCAAAAUCUCCUGCUUCUCUCGCGGCUAGCGUUACGUUCGAAGUUCAAAAUGACAGCAAUGGGCUGAAGAGCAUUCUCGUCGUCAACGCAGAUUAA